UUAUUAAUGGGUCCACAAAGAGGGGCUGACUCCGCCACCAUCGCCCCAGGUUUAUUUUGAGAGGCUCGGUGGGUGGGGCUCCGACCUCGACCAAUCAGAAUCGCCUCUGCACAGGAACUUCCUGCUCGAGACAGAAAGGAGCCUACGAGCUGUUUUUUUGUCAGCUGGUCGCUGCGACUUUACGUCAACUAUCUCACAAGACAACAACAAGUUCACUCGGACCGUUAAUUACCGACGGCAGGCUUAAAAAUCAUGACCGCACCGAGGAACUUGGACUGGAAGGCGCCAAGUUGACAAACUUUAACCAACAAACCCCUCAGCCGUGUUUUUCCGUCGCAGCUGGCAAGCUUCAUGAAAGGGGAGUUUUAUUGUCUUAGCUCGUUGGCUAACGUUAGCUAUUUGUGUGGUGUGGCACCGACAUGACGACUGCAAAGAUGUCUUUAAGGCAGAAAUACCGUCGUCCGCAGGCGAGCAUAAAGCAGGAGCAGGAGGACGACUCGGACGCGGAGGAGACCCAGCUGGGUCUGAGGAGAUCGGACGGGAUGGAGUCUCAGAUCAUCCACAGUGGACACUUCAUGGUGUCCUCGCCCCACAUCGAGCACCCACCGAAGAAAGGCUACGACUUCGACACUGUCAACAAGCAGACCUGUCAGACGUAUCACUUUGGCAAGGCGAGCAUGUCGCACCUCUCCAUAGACGCUUCACUGACCAAACUGUUUGAGUGCAUGACUCUCGCCUACAGUGGUAAGUUGGUAUCCCCCAAAUGGAAGAACUUCAAAGGUCUAAAGCUGCUCUGGAGAGACAAGAUCCGCCUCAACAACGCCAUUUGGAGAGCCUGGUAUAUGCAGUAUGUGGAGAGAAGGGAUAAUCCUGUUUGUCAUUUUGUGACACCCCUGGAUGGAAGUAUGGACUUGGACAUUCAUCGUCCUGCUGAUGGUGCUGCCACAGAGGGGAAAUGCUGGAAAAGAAGAAUUGAAAUUGUCAUUAGAGAAUACCACAAGUGGAGAACAUAUUUUAAGAAAAGGUUACAGAAGCACAAAGAUGAGGACCUGUCAAGCUUGCUAAAGGGCCCAGAGGAGCAGUUCUCGCUGUUUGGGGAAGUCUCUCCAGACAUGCUCCGUGUCUCCUUUUAUCAGGAUGAAGAGACUGCAGCACGCCGUGUGCCUCGUAAGCAUAAUGAAGCACCUGCACCCAUGGAGAUGGACCCCCUCUUUGACAUGGACGUCCUGAUGUCGGAGUUUUCAGACACGUUGUUCUCUACGCUGGCCUCGCACCAGCCCAUAGCCUGGCCCAAUCCGAGGGAGAUUGCUCACGCAGGCAAUGCAGACAUGAUCCAACCUGGACUCAUCCCCUUACAACCCAACCUGGACUUCAUGGACUCCUUUGAUCCACUACAAGACUUAUUUCACAGCCUCCGUCAGUCCACCUUCCCCUCUGUUUCCCCCACUGCAUCAUCUGUCACCCCUCUACCCAGCAGCAGCUCUCAGUCACAGGCCCAGUUAAUGUCUUCCAUGCAGCUCACAACCAACCACAUCCCCCCUCCUGGCUCCCUGCCCAUCCCCUCUCCCAUGGCCAAUCAGACCAGUGGAACUGGUGGUGUUGGUGGUGGUGGUGGUGGUGGUGGUGGCGCUGGCGAUUCUGCCUAUGUACAGAACUACCUGCCUCUGUUUCCUGGGCCGGUGACGCCCACUGAUCAAGCAGUAGGUUCCUCAGUUUCUCAGUCAUUAUCCCACGAUCCUCUGGCACAGUGCCUCUCAGGUCAGGACAUGGCCUCAGCAGCGCCCAUGGUUCCCUCACCCUUGGACAACUCCUCUGCGCUGGGUGAAACUGUAGCGCCCACUGUGAUCACACACACGGCCUCCUCUACCGUCACCCCCAACGACUCAGCCACCACCUACAGCCAUAGCUCCGAGUAUAGCUCCAUAUCCACUCAACCUCCGCCUCCUUCAUCUCAACUCCAACCCUUGGCUUCGUUGCCUGCCACUUCUGUGCAGCACCCUCAGACUUUUGCCCUGCCUCGCCCCUUUCAGUCCUCCAGUGCCAACAAAAACCGCCCCGUGCAAAGGAUUGCUCUUGCUAACACCCCCUCCUCUUCCCACCUCAUCCUCACAGCCCCUUUCCCAGGUCAUACUAAUGCUGUGAUUGUUACACCAACACCUUUGAAAGCGGAUGUGGUCUCUAAUGCUGGAGUGGUCAUCGCUCCUUCUCAUCUGGGAGGGGCCUCUGGGUUUCAUGUUGUGUCUAAUACACACAAGUCUCACCAGCCAAUUGCCCCCAAAGAAAAGUCUUAUUCUUCCUGCCGCAAAAAUCAGAAAGUCUCUUCUAGUGUCGUUCACAGUCAGCCAGGAUCAGGUCAAGGCUCACCAUGUGGCUUAGAUCAAGUCCCAAGUCCUCAGUCACUGAUUAGUAGCAGCAGUGCACUUUUGGUCAAGAACGAACAAAAUCAGUGCCGGAGGACAGUACACAUAUCUGCUGAGCAAAAGAGGAGAUCAAACAUAAAGAAUGGCUUUAAAACACUCUGUGACCUUGUUCCCACUCUAAAGUCACAAUUAAAUACCAGUAACGCGGUCACGUUGCAGAAGACAGUGGAGCACAUUGGGAAACUCCAGCAGGAGAGGCAGCAGAUGCAAGAAGAGGUCAGGAGGCUACGAGAGGAGAUAGAGGAGCUCAAUGCCUCCAUUAACACGUGUCAGGAGCAGCUGCCCGUCACAGGGGUUCCCAUCAGGCGACAUCGCUUCGACCACAUGCAGGAGUUCAACGAAUACGUGAAGAACCGCACUCUUCAGAACUGGAAGUUCUGGAUUUUCAGCAUCAUCAUCAAGCCUCUCUUUGAGUCAUUCAAUGGGAUGGUGUCAACUACAAGCAAAACGGAGUUGUACCAGACCACUUUGCAGUGGCUCGAUCGUUACUGCUCCCUGCCAGUGCUCAGACCCAUGGUGCUGGGGACCCUUCGCCAGCUGAGCACGACCACGUCCAUUCUUAGCGAUCCAUCCCUGCUGCCUGAAGAAGCCAUCAAUGCCGUCACACAUGCAGAUGUGUAGCCUUGAUUUCACAGACCCCAAAAAGCCACCUGGACUCAACAACAAUCAUCCAAAACUAGUUAACCGUGCAGCCGUUCAGCACAGUCUUCCACGGAAUCACAACUUUCUUGGAAAGUACAUGAAAUGAUGGACGACGGUCAUGUGUUUGUUGUACACUGAUUCAUGGGGAUGGUGCACAGAUGGAGCCCAAACCUUUGAAAUUACGUUUACAACAAAUGUGCAAAAAAAAAAAAAAAAAGGCUUUUAUUGUAUUAUAUUUAAAUGACAUGAACUACUACUGCCUUCGCCCGUUUUAGGUGAAGAUCUUCUAAACACUUUUAUUGGAAGGUGGUACGUGUGGUUUGCUUUCUGAAUAACAAUAUUUAAACUGAAAUGACUUUUAUAGUGCGAAAACACAGUGUUGUGUUAAAAAGGGAAAUAUUGAGCGAUUGUUCAUUUAUGUUUUCUCUCUCAGAUGUAUAAAGUGGAUGGAAAUGAUGCUUUUUUUUUCACAAGGCGAUGAGAUGAACAUGGGACUUUUGUCGGAUUAGCUGGCUGUAUAGUUUUUUGUGUGUUUUAUUUUUUUUUCUGGAGGCUCUAAAAAAAAAAAAAA